AUGAGCCGAAGGUCCACGGCCGGGAAAGCAGGCAAAUCAGCAAUUCCGACUUUACAGCGAGGGCAGGCGUGCCAUAGUUGUCGAUACCGGAAGCUGCGGUGUGAUGGUGUUAGACCAACUUGUGGACCAUGUCUCGACGGCGAGAGGCAGGAGGAUUGCGAAUACACCGGAGGAGCUCGAAGAGCACGAGCUGAAAUUCUUCAAGAGAAUAUUCGCUCCGUCGAGCAGAAAAUUUCCGAGCUCGAGGCACGAAGGUCGUUGAAGAAAUCACUUACUUAUCAUACUCUCAAAGCCGGAUCUGAAUACGAGUUCGCCUUGACCAUCGAACUAAUAGAUGCGGUCCUAUCUUGCUCCAGUCAGCUCGGGUUCUUCCUAGACUGUGCACAUUUCAGGCGAUCGGCACUUGCUGAAUUGCCUCCCAACCAUCCAUCCCGUCCCACUCUUGCAUUAUGUGCUGCCGUCUAUCUCUGGGCCUUCCAUAUUCUCAACACUAGUCAUCAAAUACAGCCCGCCUUCCUUGCUUAUGCAAGCAAAUUGGCAGCUGAGGGUCUUUCUAGCAGCCACCCGCGAAGAAUCAUGCACACCCUCCAAGCCGAAAUCCUUCUUGCACAUUAUUUUUUUGCUUCCGGACGCUUUCUAGAGGGGAAGUAUCAUACAUCAGCUGCUGCAGCGAUCGGGUCAUGGGCAUCACGAACGGGAGCCUUGCCGUCCCCAAGUGACUCACUCGAAGGGAGGGAACGGUCGAUGGCCUGGCGAGUAACAGUGGCGUUGGAUCGGACGUGGGCUGUGGUUUUGCAUGAAGAGUCGCAUUGUGCAACACUAGAGCCUGAAGGCGACCAGAACGAGCACAAUAUCGAGGCAUUGUUUGCUAAAGCUGCGAUUCUCUGGUAUCAGACCGAGGCAUUGGGCCGACAAUGGAGGACUGAUAUGACCAGAGCGGAAGGCGCUCGCUUCAAAAGUGCUCUCGAUGAUCUUGUUCUCGCAUUGGAGGAAUUAGAUCGCGAUUUCGUUGUGGAGGAGUCAGAGUGUGAUGACUGGUUAGUGCGACUGGUCGCUCACUCUGUCACACAUGCAGCCGCGAUGCAGCUUUAUGGGCUUCUCAGUCAUCGCUCUGCGGAAGAACAUAUGCAACGACGAAGGUUAGACGCUGCAAUUGAUAUUUUGGAACUGGCAGUCAAUAUUCCAGCAACUUUCAACACUUGUAGAUUUGUCAACCCAAUUUUGGGGCCGAUCUGGCUCGCAGCUGUUGGCACAGUGGUUACUGAAGCGCAGUCUCUCCGUUUUGAAGGCUUCGAACCAGAAGCUGGAAGGCUGAGCACGAUUCUACGUCAAGCCAUGUCAGCUAUUAAUGUCUUUGCUGAGACUUGCUUAUUAUUAAGUGGGUGGUAUCCUCUCACGAUAUGGUUGCCGUACCCCAUGGGCCCUGACCCGCGGCAAAGCAUUCCCUACAAUGGCAUGCCUGGCCCUCCACCCUUUUCAAUUCCGUUUCCGAACUGGCAUGGCCCCGGCCCCAUCCUGCCGACGCCUGAUGGGUGGUACAUACCUCAUAGUCCAGUUAUCCCUGUGGGCUUACCAGUUCCUGGCCCGAUUCCUAUUCCAAAUAGGCCUCCAGGCCUUCCUCCUCCUCCCGCUCCCCCCGGCAUUUUGAAACCACCAGAAGACGCGUGGAUUCACGACUUUUGGAAGGGCAGAUUUGCCCCAUUUCCAGGCAGCCUCUCGUCACCGACAUUGGUCAAGAAAACGCCGUCCCGUGGUGUUCCCAUCAUCUCUCCACCUGCUCACGACACGUCGACAUCUUCCAACUCACAAUCUCAACCCCCACAUGCUAACUCUCACAACCCAUUCGAAACGCCUUCUUCGUCCAAAUUCUCCACUCCAUCUACUCAGGAAAACCAAGAAAACAAAGGAAAAGAUCUAAAAAAUGACGAAAAGAAACUUGACAAAUAUGCUGAUAUAUUUAUUCCCCAAUAUCUUCAAGACAUCCAGAAUCAACCACACACAUUGCGGCCUCUGCCGCCGAUACCCCUCUUUCCCUCCAUCGAAUAUAUGCAAACCUUUCUACCACCGUCGCUAAUCGACGUAUCUACCGCUGGAAAAUCUUCUAUACUCACUUAUCCGCCUCCUGCAACAGCACCAUCUAUGACGACCUCCUACUACCAACAUUGGAAUGCUCUGCUCUCUUGGGAAUUGCAUAAACUUGCUGUUGACAAGGAGCAGAUCAUUCUCUGGAAAACACACAUUCGGAUAGCAAAUUGGGAUGCAGCCACCUUCCAGUUGGCGGUCCCAGGUAUCCGUGAAAAUACGCCAAAACUCGAUCUUGGGGAUGUCAUCGUCCUUCGCGAGGUUCUCGAAGCACGGAGGGCUGGGAGUGGAAUCGCAUUUGAAGGUGGUGUGGUAUCGACACGAAAACGGGAAGCACUGAUUCACUUUUAUUGUCCCGCCCUCAAGGCUCACAUCCAACAAUUCGUUGGACCCGUAACCCCACCUCAGCCUUCUCACGGAAGCAGCAUUCUAUACACAUCAGAGUCCAAUAUUCCCUUAUUAUUCAACAUCUCCUUCAUCCCCACAGCACGGCCGACAUUCCUCAUGGAUGUCGCCUCGCAAACCGUUCAUGAUGCUAUCACAAGUAAUGAUGACGACGAUCGGCGGCGAACUGCUCGGCGAUGGAUCUUCCCAACUCCCGAAGACGUUCUUGACGAAGUUCAACGCCAUUUACCGGAUCAGAGUUGGACGGACACAGGACUGAAUGAGCAACAAAAACUCGCCGUCUCCUCCAUAACGCUUCAUGAAUCGCCAACGCCUUAUCUUAUUAUCGGUCCACCUGGCACUGGGAAAACGCGAACAAUCGUUGAGGCCGUACUCAAGAUUAUUCACGUGCACCCCGAGUCGUGUAUUCUUCUCUGUGCCCCGUCAAAUCCGGCUACCGACACACUAGUCAUGCGUCUACGAUCGAAACUUAUGCCUCACCAAAUGCUGAGGCUCAACGAUCCUAACCGCACAUUUGCGGAGGUACCAAUGAGCAUUAAUCAAUACUGCUAUAUCGAAGACGACCGGUUUUCCAUACCUCCGUGGGAAUCUCUCCUUCAAUACCGUGUCAUUGUGUGCUCUUGCUUGGAUGCUGGCAUCCUCGUCGAUGCACAUUGCACUAAUAAUAUACUGGCCCGUCUAGAAGUUGACAUGAUGCGGUUGUUGCAUCCCGGACGAUUGCGCAAGGAGCCCAUCGCUCCUCAUUUCACCCACUUACUGAUUGAUGAGGCUGCUCAAGCCGCUGAACCAGAAUUAUUGAUUCCUAUAUCGGUUGUCCUACCUGGACCUCAGCCCACUCCUUCAGCUUCAAAUUCGCCGGUGACGGGUCUUUCGUUUGGUUCAGUCAAGCCCACAAUAACACCCCAACUUGUGUUGUGCGGGGACCCAAACCAACUCGGUCCGAUCGUCGCCGCUGACGCUGCAAGGGACGCCGAGCUGGAUAUUUCUCUGUUACAGAGGUUAUACGAUCGGGAAGCAUACAGUAGCCUCGUCAAGAAAGGCUUCACUCUUUUGCUGUCUUCGCAUUUCAGACCCCUCACCAACCUCGUCAAGAAUUAUCGCAGUCAUCCCGCUAUCCUCAUGCCUCCAUCAGCAAUGUUUUACGACGAUUCCCUUGUUCCCUGCGCUGUCAAUGGCGCGGUCACGUGGUCUAGGCUUCCCAAUCCACGAUUACCUCUGAUGUUUAUCGGGAGCGAUACAGAGGAGGAAUGUCGCGCAUCUUGGUACAACAGCGGGGAAAUCAAGUGCACUGUUGAUACCAUCACGGCCCUGCUGGCCGAAGGCGCAUCGUCUGACCCGCCCCUCAAGGCUUCCCAGAUUGGAGUGAUGUCGCCCUUCAGGGAGCAAGUAUGGAAGAUUCGUGAACAAUUAAGGAAAGUCGGGUUGAGUGCGGUUGACGUUGGGACGGUUGAAGAUUACCAAGGAAGGGAGAUGCGUGCUUGCAUCAUCUCUUGCGUACGCUCCAGCACUAGAUUCCUCAAAGACGACCUGGCACGUGGCUUAGGAUUAGUGUAUGAUCGCAAACGAAUGAAUGUGGCUAUCACCCGUGCCAAAGAGCUUCUUGUUAUCGUCGGCAACCCUGCCGUGUUGCAACAGGACCCAUUUUGGCGCAGCUUCUUACAGUUCACCGUCCGCAAUAAGUUGUACUUGGGUCCUCCACUCCAUUUGGAGAUGGAUGGGAGCUUUAUUUCGCGACUAGAAUCUGAGCUCGUGGAUGGUAUGGAUGACUUGGAUGAGGAGGAGCACGGCGUUGCAAUUGCUGGUGGUUUGGCGAGGGAGAUAUUGAGAGAACGCGCUGAGCUUGGUAUUUCAGCGUUUCCGAGUCGAAUACACCAUCAGUCUGGAGCCAAGAUUCAUCAAUGCAUCGACGACGAGCUUGUCUUGGAUUGGUUGAGAAGUGUUACAGUUGCUGUUUAUGAUUCCGCCGCAAUUGGAGGCGCUCUCGCGACUUCCAGCCCUCCUGUCAAGGUCACCCUCAAAUCCGCAUGGCCUGCCCCACCACUUCUGCUUGAAAUAAUAGAAACCGUGGCGCAGGAGAACCCGGAUGCCUUCUUCACGCUAUUGGACCGCGUCUCUGACCCAACUACCCAUCCAACUCCACAACCGCUGAGUGACGAAGCCAUACAACAAUAUGCUUUGCAAAUCGCGGUUUCUCGUGGCCUUCUUGUCGACCGCGGGUCCUUGGCUACCGUAGAGAUGAACCUCGGUCUUCACGCUGCCACACCGAAGAUUGAAGCGUUCUACCAGUACUAUGCAACCCACGUUAAGGAUCCGAAAUGUGGUUCGUGGGUCGACUGGUAUGGGGAACAAGUUUGCGACCUCGAAAAGCUAUCUCAUCUCGCGGGAGUGGAGACUAUAGAGUCAAGCAAUGCUUCAGAGACGUAUCCUUCAUUCCCCAGACCGCAACUCCUUCCUUUCGACCAUAUUCUGCCUUCCCCGGCACGCACUAUCGAUCGACCGCCCCGCACCGCGAUUCUUUACGCGUCCAUUGACUCCCCCAACUUCCGAGAACUCCACACAUACCUCUACGACCUGGCGGACAAACCAUCGCCGUCCAUUGAAUACGUCGUCAGACACAUCCCGGUCGGUGGCCAGUCGCGACACCUGCUCUCGGGAUAUGGAGUUGCUCUAGAUUUAAAGAAAACGGAUUACCUUGCAGUAGAUGACAGAAACACGGGAACUGGGAAGGUUCCUACUCAGGAAUCGAAGGCGGAGUCCGAGAUUCCAGAGGUCGAUCCUGUUUUGGCCCUAAUAGAAGCUUAUCCUGAACGGGAGACUGUUGCGGGAGAUCUCGACGACAAAGCAAAAGCUCUUCUUGGCUUCCAAGCGACACAACUCAUCGCCGACUCUUCUGAACCGCUCGCAACUCUGACUAAACUCUCUCAAAACUUCCCCAAAUAUAUCAAGUCACUCUCUCGUCGAGUUAUUGUCAAUGAGAGUCUAGAAACCGAGAUUCAUGCGAACCAGCUCAAGGCGCAAGCGGGAGUAAAUUUAUUUUGGUUCAACGGAAUGAUUUUGAACGAAAAGGACGUCAACCCCAUGGGUCUGCUCCGUCUUGUCCGCAAAGAGAAAACUAUCAUGAAUUCGCUGGCGGGUCUCGGUCUAUCUCGUGCUCAGGCAAUUGAACUGCUGUCGCACUCGUCCGUCAGUGCGACACAAGCAGAGUCUGCGCUCGAUAAUGUUUUUGACGCUAGUGACCGUCCAGAAGGCGGAGAUGUAAUCGUGUGGUGGAAUGACCUGGAGAAGGACAGUCGAUACGCUCAGUGGCCUACCUCUAUACACGGUCUCCUCCGGCCGCUUUACCCCGGGCAAUUCCACAGUCUCAAGCUCAAUCUCUUCAACAUUGUGUUAGUGCUUGACUUGUCAGAAUCUUCGACUCUCGACAUGUUAACUUCCAUCUCCAACAUCAUUAACCGGGGCCUUCCAUUCCGAUUCGGUGUCGUCCCGCUCACAGAGACGGAGGAUGGUCUUAGGAUGGCCAGAGUGUUUUAUCAUGUGGUUAAAACUUAUGGUCGCAAGAAGACCAUGUUGUUUUUGAGAAAGGUGGGCGAGAGCUUCGGCACAGCCAAGCAACCCUUGGAUUGGAGUGCGGUCGAGACCAUAUAUAACGAGCUUCUGGAAGAAGCGGCUGACAAUGCCGAAGCUACCGCGGUAGAUUUCCAAGUUGUUGUUGCUGCAGAUCCAGAGAGCGAGGUUGAUGUUUCGAUCCAAAGGGGAAGUCUAUACGCCCAUCGACUUGGAGCAGGCAAAACUGUCGAAUCUGGAAAUGGACAUGCGUUUAUCAACGGCAAACAUCUCGACGUGGACGAUGGUUUCUGGCGAGCAAUGCAGACAGAGAUCGGUCAACAACUGCAAUUCUUCCAAGAACAGAUUUAUAGCGGUAAAAUCACCGAUGAAACCAGCAGUGGUAUCUCGACCUACUUCUACGAUCAACCGACAACUAGCUUACGUCGCAAUCGCUACAUAUUCCCUGCCUCUGGCGAAAUGCGUGUCGUCAAUGUGGCAGAGCUGUUCAAGCAAACCCGGUUCUACAUCAUGCCCUCCUCGUUCAUCUCUGCUUCAUCAGAGCAAAUACCGCUCACAUUGUUCCUCGUGGCCGACUUGGACUCCACGGAAGGAUUAUCAUUGUUGAACGACGCUCUUUUGUCAAUGAACAAUGAAUCCAAGACUCGUAUUUCCUUCAUUCACAAUCCGACGAAACUCGAAGCAGAUUCUGUUGAACGGCCACCGGUAUCAUGGCUGAUAUCGCAUUUGAUUGGCAAGGGCCUACUCUCAAGGGUGGCCCCAAGUACUUUGCGGUGUGUUUUAGGCCUCGAAAGUGCACCACCAGUACCCCAGGACUCGCAGACCCCAAUUGGGAAUGACUGUAACGCUCUAGAGUUGACUGGUGGAGUUGGAAUAUCCGGCUACAGUGCAGAAGACUAUGCAACAUUUGUGACCAGUAGCCGUCUUGUCGCACGCGAAUUACAGUUUGCUCCUGGACAACAGGGUCUUAUUGCCAACGGACGGAUUGUUGGUCCGUUGCCGCCCAAUGCCGUCCUCACAGUAGACUUCAAGACGUUGGAAAACUUCGAGCUGAGCAGGAGGGCUCAACCUGUCAUCUCGGCCAUUGAAGAUAUCAACCCUGAGCUGCUUCAAACGGAUCGUGCCUCUUCUGCUAAUCUCAUAUCAAUUGCAACCUCCGUUCUUGGGUCGCUGCAGGCAGCUGAGCCUGGUGGAGGUGGUAUAUUUGAUCCGCCAAAGCGCCCUAGACACCGAAACUACCAGCUUUUGGAUGGAGAAUACUCUUCCUUCCAGUAUGGCGAUAAUACCACUGCACUGUGUCACAUUGCUGUUCUGGUCGAUCCUCUUAGCGAGUACGCUCAGAAAUGGUCGAGUCUUUUGGAGUGGAUUUCGCACAUCCCGGAUAUUUACAUCAAAGUCUACACCAAUCCUGCACCCCACGAGGAGAUUCCGCUGAAGCGCUUCUAUCGCUACGCCCUCCUGCCCAAUCUUGCAUUCGACUCUGAUGGUAACGAAACUGGAGUCCAAGCUAUUUUCGAGAAUCUCCCAAUCGAACCCAUCUAUACUCUUGCAAUGGAUGUGCCACCGUCCUGGCUUGUGCGACCACGUGAAGCUCUCUAUGAUCUAGAUAACAUACAGUUGGGUCGCCUCUCGCACCCCAGUUUGGAUGCCGAAUUCGCCCUGGACUACUUAGUUGUCGAUGGGCAUGCUCGAGACCCUUCGACCAACGCACCUCCGCGUGGCCUCCAACUGCAACUUCUAUCCGCAGACUCGCAGCCCGUUGAUGACACGCAGGUCGUGGCGAAUUUGGGGUACCUUCAGUUCAAAGCCAAGCCAGGGGUAUUCCAUUUGGAGAUUCGAGAGGGACGUGGACGAGACAUCUUCGUGAUGGAAAGUGUCGGUAAUGAAGGACUGGACAGCCGGACCGUCGAGGAAGUGGGCAACGAGAUCGCGGUUACGAGUUUUGCGGGUCUUACCAUCUAUCCUCGUCUCCGCAGACUGCCAGGUAUGGAGCAGGAAGACGUCCUCGCUGCCCCUUCUCUCGGAACAAAUGCUGGAUCUGGCGGUAUUAUCGAUGACAUCGCUUCACGGAUGAAAUCUUUCUUUGGCAAGGGUCAAGACUCCCCAUCGACUGGAGUGGUACCUGUGUCCGACGGACAAGCGGAUAUCAACAUAUUCACUGUAGCCUCGGGACUUCUUUAUGAGCGAUUCGUGUCUAUAAUGAUCCUCAGUGUUCUUAAGAACACCAAGAGCAGCGUCAAGUUCUGGUUUAUCGAAAAUUUCCUAUCGCCAUCAUUUUUGGAAUUCAUCCCUCAUCUUGCCUCAGCGUACAACUUCCAAUAUGAACUGGUAACGUACAAGUGGCCAUCGUGGUUGCGAGCACAGAAGGAAAAGCAACGCAUCAUCUGGGCAUACAAAAUUCUCUUCCUCGAUGUUCUGUUCCCCAUGGAUCUCAAAAAAGUUAUUUUCGUCGACGCUGACCAGAUUGUUCGCGCGGAUCUAAAGGAGUUGAUUGAGAUUGAUUUGCACGGAGCGCCUUACGGUUAUACGCCGAUGGGCGACGACAACACGGACAUGGAGGGCUUCCGGUUCUGGAAAACAGGUUACUGGAAAGACUUCCUCCAGGGCAUGCCAUAUCAUAUCAGUGCGCUCUAUGUCAUUGACCUCGUCCGGUUCCGUCAACUUGCCGCGGGUGACAUUCUUCGUGGUCAAUACCAGGCCCUCUCUGCUGACCCCGGGUCGCUUGCGAAUCUUGAUCAAGAUCUUCCGAACAAUCUCCAGCGCGAAGUUCCCAUCUUCUCCCUCCACGAGGACUGGUUAUGGUGUGAGACGUGGUGUAGUAAAGACCGCCUCCACCGGGCCAAAACAAUCGACCUGUGCCAGAACCCUCUUACGAAAGAGCCCAAACUUGCACGAGCCCGGCAAAUUCCCGAGUGGGAGGAAUAUGACUCUGAAAUCUCAAGAUUUGCACGAAAAUUGGCCGAGGACGGAAUUAUCCGUUCGCAGAUUGUUUCUGCCGACGUCAACGCCCUUGCUGGCAGUCCCAAUGAAGCAACCAAAGUCGACGCACCAGAGCAAAAAGCUUCGUCUACGCCAGACGACCAGCCUCCACUCGACAGCGAAACGUCAACGGAACGCGAACGAGACGAAUUGUAA